AUGUUUGUGGGUCUAAACCACACAACAAUGAGUGAAACUCAGAGUCAAGACGAUGAAGGAUCAAAACCACUGUAUGGAGCUUCUAGUUCGGCCACUGGGUCUGGAACAGCGACCUUCGUGAGGGGCACCAAACCCAUCAAGCUUCCAAAGAGGGGUGGUGUGAUGAAACAGAUUCUGAAUGACGUCAGUGCCACGUGGAGAUCUCCGUCCCCUGAACCUGCUGUAUAA